AUGGAAGCAAGUACAAAAUUUUUUUUAUCUGGAUCUUUACUGUGUCUUUUACUUGAAAGAAUAAUUUUUUUUUUAGCUCUACACUUUGGUAUAUCAAAAGAUUUUGAAACUUUUAAUAUAUAUUAUCUAGAUAAUUUAUAUCCAGAAACAAUUAUUGUAAAUUUUACAACAACAUCAUACAUAUUUAAUAUUUUUUUAAUUACUGGUGUUAUAUUUGAUGUAUCUAAAUGUUGCAGUUCUAAAUUAAUAUUGUAUCUAAUAGCUAUAAUUGGUUUUAUCUUCUUUCUAACUAGCUUAUAUUUAAAUGUUAAUUAUUUAUACAUUCAAAAUAUUACUAGUACAACUGAAUUUAAAAUUGUUUUAUUUAUUCAAACUAUCUAUUAUCUAAUACAUUGUGCAUAUCAAAUGUUGGCAUGUUUUUGUAGAAAGGAUAGAAAAACGUUGCUAACAGAAGCAAUUGUAACUUAA